AUAUAAAUCCUUUUUAUUUCUGUUAGAUGUACAUAUGACCCACCACAAAUCACUGGUACAUUUUGUCAUUGCAAUAUUAAAAACUGUUUUGCUCUUCCUAUUUUCAUUUGUUCCUAAUGAUUCAAAUAACAAAAGUAGCAAGCCAUUCAAAGGAUCAAAAUCUACAGCAGUAGUUCCUAAUUAUCUAAGCAAAGCAGGUUUUUCAAAAGCCAAGCCAUGGACCCCCUACUUUUGAAAUUUGUUAUAUCUCUAGAGUCGUUUUUGUUAUGUGAAUGGUGCCAUGGGUGGGUUAUGCGGAUACCCUGAGUUCCAUGGACCACCAGUUGGGAACCACUGAUCUACAGUAUAAAGUUUUUCUCAGUGUUGUGUCUCUAUGGCUUGCUCAGCAAUUGGACAUAAUUGCUGAGUUACAGGGAAGAGAGAAAGCACUAGGACCAGUUAUACGUCAAUCAAUGGGCCAAAAGGGCCCCCAUCCCUUCUUUGCCACCAGCAAAGGUAUGUCCCCACUUGUGCAAGCCCAAAAUUAUCAGGGUCAGCUGAUAUUUACAGCAAAGUAACAGCUGGUGGUUAUUUCCCACUUCAGAAAUAAUUGAAACCAAGUAACCCCGGAAGCUUCAUACAUUUCCUACCCAUGUCUUGGAAAAAUGACUAGGCCCUCAAAAUCAAAAACAUUCUUUAUUACUAUUUUUUAAAGAGGGGAGUAGCUGCAGUGCUGAACUCUUUAAGUUUGUUUGGAUGUGACCCAAUAAGGAUGAGGUGGGGAACUGCAUCUGGGUGGUGGGCUGCAUCUCACUCACAGGGCAUCUUUGACAGGUUAGCCAGGCCAUCCACCUAUUAUUCACCUGUCAUAAUUACGCCAGGUGACCCAUUUUUCAUACUUCUGAGCAUGGGAGCCCUGGCAAUCAGCUUUUCACUGGGGUUUGCAAAACACCAUGUACUGUGCUUUGUGAGCCCCAAUGAUCAGCUGGUUAUUAGCACUUGCAAGCCACUGAGCAGACAUUCCCCACUGCUGCAAUAGGGGUUUACUACAGCACCAGGUGAUUCCGGUCAGGUUACGGAUUUGGCAAGCAAACUCUAUAAAUAGAUGGCUAGCAGUUGCUUAUUAUCCAUCCUUACUCUUUCAUUCAGCUGGCAAAAGACUUGGAUCCUGAUGUUUAUUUUCAUACCGGUACCCAAAUUCUGAAAGUGCUGGCAACCCUUAUAGACUACAGAGGCGCAAAACACUUUAUUUAAGCUUACACCUACCUCAGUAAGUGUUUACAUUUGCAUUUUUAAAAUGAAGAAAACAAUGAGAAGGACAUAGACUACUGCUGCAGUUGCCUUUUUGUUUGAGUGUAAAAAAAAGAGAGUAAUUAUAUAUGUGUGUGGGGAAAGGAGGUAUUUUGGCUGCCGUUAUAAUCCUAAUUCUUGGGAGCCACCCAAUCUAUAGGAAAAUCACACUGGAAUAGCUUCAGUCAGUGCUGAGUUGUGAUGUCAGCUAAUUAUCCUUGUAACAGUACAAAUGAGGAAUCUAAUCCUCAGAAAUAAUAUAAUUUUGUGUGUGUGUGUGUGGAAUCAUUUUGUUAAUUUUAGUUGUGUCUUAUUCAUACACCAUUUUGAGACUUGCAAUUAAGUGGUUUGUAAAUCUAAAGAAAUACAUAAAAAAUAAUAUUGUGGUGGCAUGACGUCAGGGAUAUGUUUCAUUUAGCAGGAAACUUUAUUUUCCUUUAUGUCUCCCACUGACCUUAAGCUCUUUGCAUGGUGGUAGCAGUUAAAAGAAUAAAUUAAAGACAGUUGGGUAUUGUUUGGGCUUGGCCUACUAUCUGUUUAGAAGCUGCAGGAAAAACAAAACAACCCAGAAGUGCUACUUGUUCCGGCUAAUUCAUGGGCAGUUUGUUAUUUUUUAGUAUAUGGCACAAUAUAAUGUCAAAUAAGAAAGAUUUAUACGUACUGGCUUGAUCAGGUUCUGUUCUAAGAGUAUGCCUCGCUGCCCACGUGUGCGUGAAAUACUAUCCCCAGCCAGAAAACCUUUAGACAAAUUACCUACAAUUAUCUCUUCAUUUGCCUUGUUCUCAACAUUUUCCUUCCCACAUACAUGCUUAAAUUAAUUUAGACUAGUUUCAACAAGUAAGAGUAGUCAUCAAGGUUAUUUUGUUUAUCUGUUGCUAGAUCCAGUCGAAUACAGGGAAUGGCACAAAGCAGAGAAGGAAGAAGUGAUAUAUGAUUGCAGCUUUCAUGGCGGUGUUAUUAAUGUGGAACAUGGCCACAAUCCAGGGAAUUCUGUGAUACCCUGAAAUUAUAGCUGCAGUUAAUACCUGCAGCAGGAAGAGAUUACAAGAGAACAUGGACUCCCUAACAAGUCCAUUCUAGGGAAGCACUGAAGAAAGGACACUAGAGUAUAAUUUACAAUAUACUUUUUAAAGCUUUUGUUAAAACAGUUAUCAUGGUGCCUAGGGCCUCUAUCAACCAUAGCCUGGUGCUAUCAAGGGCAUUAAUGUUAACUGUAACUUUACUUUUGGUAGUACAGUUAUUACUUUCCUCUCGAGUUUUGUCUCCUACAUUCCUAUUUAACCACAAAUGAGUCAGUCAGUAUUUAGAAUUUUGUUUUACAGAUAGUAGUUUUCCCUGAAGUCCACUGGGAAGAAUGGACUCUUAUGCACAUCAGAUCUGUAACAGAUAAUAGAAAGUAAAACACAACCUUAUAACAGAAACAAAAUGCUUUCACCAUGCCAUUAUUUUGCAUUUUUAAAAAUAAAUCUAGGAUGAAGUGUUGUGCACUGGGCACGGUAUUGGGAUACUGUUCCUUUUUAACCCCUUUUCUCUGCUUUGGUUUGGUGGAUUUUGGUAAAACUAUUUGGGUGUUUAGAUUUACUGGGCUUUUUGUAUUUUAAACAUUUUAAGCUGCUAUGUGUUUUAAAAACCCACCCAACCCUUAAAGUUUGUACCUUUCAGAACCUAAAGUUUGAGAUAGGUAACAUGUUUCUAAAGUGAUAAAAAUGUAAAUUUCAUGAAUCAGCAAAAUUAAAACACUUCAUCUUAUUUAGAUAGCAACAAUUAAAUUCAAUAUAUACUGGCUCUCCAAUGUAAUCAAUGAUGCUUGAAGAUAAUACUGCAUUGGUUAAAUUAUACCCAUGGUGAGAUAUAUAAUAAUUAAAAUAAUCCCUCAGUAUUUAAAUAGCUGUCAAUUCAGAAUUUUUAAAAUACUAUCUCUGGUCACAAGAUGACCAGUAAUAAUAGUUGAGGAGCUGUCGCCAAGUUUGCUAUUCAGGUAGUAAGAAAAGAAUGUUUUUUUAAAAAAUGUGUGUGAUAUAUAUGUGUGUGUGUGUGUGUGUGCAUAUUACAUAUCUUAGUGCACCAAUUAUACAGUUGUCAUCGUUUGUCUUACACUCUUUGUAAGAGAAUGUUAUGUAAGAAUUAAAAACAGAAAAGGUACACAACCAUCGUCUUGUACGGUAUCUUGCUUAUUUCAAGUGACAUGUAAACUGCGAGUAGGUUCUAUAGGUUUGAUUUCAUCCUUUGAAGUUUUAAAGGAAUUUACAAUGGCCCAGGUGACUUGUUUAACUGGAGUGCGACCGGGAGGAGGGAGAGCACGCUUCCACUCUCUCGCUCUCUAGCAGUGGAUCAGGGCUGUCAAUUCCUCACAGCGCCCGCGCGCGCGCUUUUCAAGAGCUGCAUGACAGGACUGAACAGUCCCCAAGUUCCAGGCGGUGAAUUAAGUUCCCUUUCCCAACCUUCCCGUAGCUAAAAUACACAGCGGGGCCCUGUGGGUGGCAACCCUGAACUGGAGGCGGGCGAAAGUAGUUUAAUAAUUUCCUCGAGUGUUGUGUGAUGCUGUGUGCCGCCCUUAAAACUUUUCUUUUGCUUUGAAAAGAGCGGCUUUAUAACCUGAAGCAAAGGCGGCAAAGGAGCCGGGAGCCCGCGGCGCAGGGAGAGGGCGGCGCCGCUGAGGGUCGCCCGGGAGGCGGGCCAGGCGUCCACGUGCAGCGAGCGGGGAGAAGGCGGGGAGACGCGGAACCUGCCGCUGGGCCGGCGGGGGCGGUCCGUCCUGGCGGAGCUGGGAACCGCGCCAGGCUGCCAGCGCCGCGCGCAGUGCCGUGCCCGGCGCUCCUGGCCAGGCAGCGGCUGCUUCGACUGCUGCUUCUUCGGCGCUCCGACGCCGCGAUGCCUCGCCGGAUGGAGAAGUUCUUGCAAAUCGCCCCGCACUCCUUGGCCAUCGUCCUGAGCCCCUGCGGCGGGGAAGAGGCUGCCUCGCGGCCGGCCAGGCACCGAGAGGAGCUGCAGGAGGACGGCGGCGGAGAGGCGGAGGACGACGACGACGACGGGGAAGGUGAGGGCAAGCGGCGGCGGCGGCUGCAGCAGCAGCAAGGGGAAGGAGCGCCGCCGCCUCCGCCGCCGGGCAGCGACUCUCUGGGUCGCCACCACAUCGGCUACGAGAUCUUCGCCGACUUCAAGCAGGAGAACAUGCAGCAUUUCUGGAACAAGAAGGUGACGGCGGCGGUGGCCGAGACUUUCUUCCUGGGCUGGAUCGACGAGCAGGUGCUGCUGAUCCAGGGCAAGGAGGAGCACCUGGAGGCGCUGCGCGAGGGCUGGAUGCGCAGGUCCCUCAAGCCCCCCGCGGGCUUCCGAAUCAAGUGCCUGGGUAAGCGCGCGCCCCGCGGGGCCGAGUGCGCGGGGCAAGCCGGGGCAGGACGAGGGAAGCAGCGGCGUCCCCCAGUGGACGGGAGCGGGGAGGCGCGGG